UCUUCGAUAGCGUUGUUGGCAGGGCAGCCAGAGCGAAUUUUGAAUUUUGACGCGCUCGCCUCUUCUGGUCUGAACGCACGUCAAGACUCGCCGGCCACGGACGCGCCGCUUCUCGCCACCCAGAGACGCUGGCUGCCAUAGUAAAUGAAUGACUUCCGGUCGAUUUGACGCUGUCGACGCCUCUGGUCUGAACGCACCAUUCAGUUCCGAACAACUUGAAUGAGGAAGACCGAAAUCUUCAAAAACAAGUGCAUCGCCAUGAAAUGUGCCCUUGUAAUGCUUUUAUUUUGCUUAAACAUAAAAGGCAUGUUCUCCCAGCGUAUUGUUACUUCGACAUUAGACCAGCAAGUGUUUUUCUCCUGUAAUACCAGCAGCUGUGAGAAUGCUGAAUGGAGAAAGACCUUCAUCACAGAGGCAACUAUUGGCAAGUGCCAUAAACAGACAUGCGCUAUUGAAGAAGGUUUCCAAGAAAAAUUUACAUUCACAGACAACAUAAAAGGCUUGGUUCUCAUCUCAGCAAAAUACAGUGACCUGGGGACCUAUGAGUGCAUCUGUGAUGGGACUAAACAUUUUGUUGGACAAUUGGACAUUUUGCCUGCUCUAAACAUUACAGUAGCCGAGUCAGAAAUCAUCACCCUUCGGUGUUAUGCGAACGAUGCAAAGGAUGUGACAUGGUUGCAUGAUGAUGAAAGAGUUCUGCACUGCACGAUUAAUGGUUUCAUAGUCCAUGGCAAAGGCUUUGAAAGUAGAGUAUCACUGGAAGAUGACUGCUUCAAAAACGGUGACCUCUCUUUGACUGUGACUGGCGUUCGCAAGACAGAUGCCGGACUUUACCGCUGCUUUGUCAAUGAUGAAACUACUAAAGGAUACCCACACACCUAUAUGUUAUAUGUGAAUGAGAAACAGUCUAGUCCAGAAGGAAACCAUACAGAGUGUAACUCCAAUGCGGAAGAAGCUCUGAUCAUUUAUCAUCGGAUCAUCAUAAGUCUUGUUGUCAUAAUCUCAGUUCUUUUUGCUGUUUUACUUGCUAUGAUAUAUUUUAUCAUCAUAAAACUACACAAAGGUGAAAUUCAACCAGCAUCAACUACAGCCACUCAGACUGCACAGGAGAAUGUAAAUGAAACUGACAGUCUGCUGGCAUGUGAUACCACCACAUCACCACCCACAGAUGACAGUCAGUCAACAACAAAAGUCAUUAUACCCACUCAAGAGAGUGGCACUGAACACAAUAAGCCUUCCAAUACCAAACCUUUUUAAUCUCACAGAAUGAGGCCUGUAAAUGUAUGGCACAAUCUUAGUCCUGACUCGAAAUGUUGCUAACUGCACUGCCGUAAUGGUUUUUGUUCUAUAGGAGAGAAUGUAAAGUCUUUGAAUCAACAAAAAGCACAUAAAGGUAGCAUAAAAGGAAUUCAUAUGACUCAAGUGGUUUAAUCCAUGUCUUUAGAAGUAAUAUGAUAGGUGUGGGUGAAAACAGACCAAAAUAUUACUCCUUUUUCACUGUAUAUCUUGCCAUUGCAGUCUUUUGGCACGAUCAUGAUUUCAAGCUCAAUUACACUUUCUAGUCAAGUCAAGUCAGAACGCUCACCCUGACGCACUGUUUAUUGUCACCGGAGAUUUCAACCAUGCGAAUCUCAAGACAGUGCUCCCUAAAUUCCAUCAGUAUGUGGACUUUGGAGAGGGGAGAAAGCGCUUCAUCUUGUUUACACAAACAUCCCAGGCGCGUACCGGGCGGAGCCCCGCCCCCCACCUCAGCUACUCAGACCACAUCUCUGUUAUGUUAAUUCCAGCAUACAGACCGCUCGUCAGACGUCCAUUAGAUGGCACUAGGAAGUCUGAUCAAGCUUGAAAUCAUGAUCACCAAUGAGACUGCUAAUGUCAGUAUUAUAGAUCAGUGGCCUUGACCAACCAGUUGUGAACCAUUGCUUUAUAUUGUAUGGAAGCAUAGUGCCCCCAUUUAAAUCAUGAAGAGACUGCCAAAAGUUACAUUUUUAUGUUUGAAUUUUUUUUUACUUUGCAACAUUUAGUUAAAAAUAAAAAUGUGUUAUUGCUGAAGCCAUAUUUAGGUUAUGUAUCUUUUUAUGUUUGAUGAAGUGUGCUUGCUUUUUAAAAUAAA